AUGUCACGGAGUGCUGCCAAGACCCUGGCAAGAGAAGGUGCCUUUGUGCUGGAGCCUCUUACUGAGUUUUCUGUAUCUCCUUCUUUCUCAGUGGGCUACACCAUCAGCCUGGUGAACGGCAGCAACCCCUGUGAGGGCCGCGUGGAGAUUUCAAGCUCUGGGGGCCGGGGCACCGUCUGCGAUGACUACUGGGACCUGAGCGAUGCCCAGGUGGUGUGCAGGCAGCUGGGAUGUGGCUCUGCUGUUGCUGCAACAUCAAGCGCCUCCUUUGGACAAGGCAGUGGCAGCAUCUACCUGGACGAUGUGAACUGCACAGGGUCAGAGUCGUCCCUCUUCCAGUGCAGGCACCGUGGAUGGGGCAGCCACAACUGUGCCCACAGUGAAGAUGCUGGUGUUGUGUGCUCAGGUACCACUCAUAUGACUGCCUGCAAGCUGACACACAUUCACAAAGUCCUCUUACCGAGUUUUUCUCUAUCUGCUUCUUUCCCAGUGGGCUACACCAUCAGCCUGGUGAACGGCAGCAACCGCUGUGAGGGCCGCGUGGAGAUUUCACACUCUGGGGGCCGGGGCACCGUCUGCGAUGACUACUGGGACCUGAGAGAUGCCCAGGUGGUGUGCAGGCAGCUGGGAUGUGGCUCUGCUGUUGCUGCAACAUCAAGCGCCUCCUUUGGACAAGGCAUUGGCAGCAUCUACCUGGAUGAUGUGAACUGCACAGGGUCAGAGUCGUCCCUAUUCCAGUGUGACCACCGUGGAUGGGGCAGCCACUUCUGUGCCCACAGUGAAGAUGCUGGUGUUGUGUGCUCAGGUACCAGCUACACUGUCAACCUGGUGAACGGCAGCAACCGCUGUGAGGGCCGCAUGGAGAUUUGGCACUCUGGGCACUGGGGCACCGUUUGUGAUGAUGGCUGGGACCUGAACGAUGCCCAGGUGGUGUGCAGGCAGCUGGGAUGUGGCUCUGCUGUUGCUGCAACAUCAAGCGCCUCCUUUGGACAAGGCAGUGGCAGCAUCUACCUGGAUGAUGUGAACUGCACAGGGUCAGAGUCGUCCCUCUUCCAGUGCGGACACCGUGGAUGGGGCAGCCACAACUGUGGCCACAGUGAAGAUGCUGGUGUUGUGUGCUCAGUGGGCUACACCAUCAGCCUGGUGAACGGCAGCAACCCCUGCGAGGGCCGCGUGGAGAUUUCACACUCUGCGGGCCGGGGCACCGUCUGUGAUGACUACUGGGACCUGAGAGAUGCCCAGGUGGUGUGCAGGCAGCUGGGAUGUGGCUCUGCUGUUGCUGCAACAUCAAGCGCCUCCUUUGGACAAGGCAGUGGCAGCAUCUACCUGGAUGAUGUGAACUGCACAGGGUCAGAGUCGUCCCUAUUCCAGUGCAGCCACCGUGGAUGGGGCAGCCACUUCUGUGCCCACAGUGAAGACGCUGGUGUUGUGUGCUCAGGCCCCGAACUUCAUGCCACCAUCAGCCUGGUGAACGGCAGGAACCGCUGCGAGGGCCGCGUGGAGAUUUCCCACUCUGGGGACCAGGGCACCGUCUGUGAUGACAACUGGGACCUGAGAGAUGCUGAGGUGGUGUGCAGGCAGCUGGGAUGUGGCUUUGCUGUUGCUGCAACAUCAAGCGCCUCCUUUGGACCAGGCAUUGGCAGCAUCUACCUGGACAAUGUGACCUGCACAGGAUCAGAGGCAUCCCUCCUCCAGUGUGACCACAAUGGCUGGGGCAACCACAACUGUCACCACCGAGAAGAUGCUGGUGUUGUGUGCUCAGUGGCCUCCACCAUCAACCUGGUGAACGGCAGGAACCGCUGCGAGGGACGCGUGGAGAUUUGGCACUCUGCGGGCCGGGGCACGGUCUGUGACAACAGCUGGGACCUGAGAGAUGCCCAGGUGGUGUGCAGGCAGCUGGGAUGUGGCUCUGCUGUUGCUGUAACAUCAAGAGCCUCCUUUGGACAAGGCAGUGGCAGCAUCUACCUGGACGAUGUGAACUGCACAGGGUCAGAGUCGUCCCUCUUCCAGUGUGGCCACCGUGGAUGGGGCAGCCACAACUGUAGUCACAGUGAAGAUGCUGGUGUUGUGUGCUCAGGUACCACUCAUUUGACUGCCUAUGCCACCAUCAGCCUGGUGAACGGUAGCAACCCCUGCGAGGGUCGUGUGGAGAUUUGGCACUCUGGGGGCCAGGGCACCGUUUGUGAUGACUACUGGGACCUGAGCGAUGCCCAGGUGGUGUGCAGGCAGCUGGGAUGUGGCUCUGCUGUUGCUGCAACAUCAAGCGCCUCCUUUGGACAAGGCAGUGGCAGCAUCUACCUGGAUGACGUCAGAUGUGCAGGGUCAGAGUCAUCCCUCCUCCAGUGUGGCCAUAAUGGCUGGGGCAACCACAACUGUUUCCACAGUGAAGAUGCUGGUGUUGUGUGCUCAGGUUCUUUGGCAGAUGCCACCAUCAGCCUGGUGAACGGCAGCAACCACUGUGAGGGGCGCGUGGAGAUUUGGCACUCUAGGGGCCGGGGCACCGUCUGUGAUGACAGCUGGGACCUGAGAGAUGCCCAGGUGGUGUGCAGGCAGCUGGGAUGUGGCUCUGCUGUUGCUGCAACAUCAAAUGCCUUCUUUGGACAAGGCAGUGGCAGCAUCUACCUGGAUGAUGUCAGCUGUGCAGGCUGGGAGUCGUCCCUCUUCCAGUGUGGCCAUAAUGGCUGGGGCAACCACAAGUGUUUCCACAGUGAAGAUGCUGGUGUUGUGUGCUCAGGUACCAUUCAUUUUACUGCCUGCAUGCUGGCAACACAUUCACAGAGUGUCCACUCUUGGCUGGAAAUUCCAUAUUCUCGUACCAAGGUUUCCAUUCCUCCUUCUUUGGCAGAUGCCACCAUCAGCCUGGUGAACGGCAGCAACCGCUGCGAGGGCCGCGUGGAGAUUUGGCAUUCUGGCAGCUGGGGCACCGUCUGUGAUGACGGCUGGGACCUGAGCGAUGCCCAGGUGGUGUGCAGGCAGCUGGGAUGUGGCUCUGCUGUUGCUGCAACAUCAAGCGCCUCCUUUGGACAAGGCAGUGGCAGCAUCUACCUGGACGAUGUGAACUGCACAGGGUCAGAGGUGUCCCUCUUCCAGUGUGGCCACCGUGGAUGGGGUAGCCACAGCUGUGGCCACAGUGAAGAUGCUGGUGUUGUGUGCUCAGGUACCACUCAUUUGACUGCCUGCAUGCUGGCACACUUGCACAAAGUGUCCCCUAUUGGCUGGAAAUUACAUGCCACCAUCAGCCUGGUGAACGGCAGCAACCGCUGCGAGGGCCGUGUGGAGAUUUGGCACUCUGGGCACUGGGGCACUGUCUGUGACGAUGACUGGGACCUGAGUGAUGCCCAGGUGGUUUGCAGGCAGCUGGGAUGUGGUUCUGCUGUUGCUGCAACAUCAAGAGCCUCCUUUGGACAAGGUAGUGGCAGCAUCUACCUGGACGAUGUGAACUGCACAGGGUCAGAGGCGUCCCUCUUCCAGUGUGACCACGAUGGCUGGGGCAGCCACAACUGUGGCCACGGUGAAGAUGCUGGUGUUGUGUGCUCAGAUACCACAAUCACCCUGGUGGACGGCAGCAACCGCUGCGAGGGCCGCGUGGAGAUUUGGCACUUUGGGGACCAGGGCACCAUUUGUGAUGACGACUGGGACCUGAGUGAUGCCCAGGUGGUGUGCAGGCAGCUGGGAUGUGGCUCUGCUGUUGCUGCAACAUCAAGCGCCUCCUUUGGACAAGGCAGUGGCAGCAUCUACCUGGACGAUGUGAACUGCACAGGGUCAGAGUCAUCGCUCUUCCAGUGCAGGCACCGUGGAUGGGGAAGCAACAACUGUGGCCACAGUGAAGAUGCUGGUGUUGUGUGCUCAGGUACCACUCAUUUGGCAGCCUAUGCCACCAUCAACCUGGUGAACGGCAGGAACCGCUGUGAGGGCCGUGUGGAGAUUUCACACUCUGGGGGCCGGGGCACCGUCUGUGAUGACAGCUGGGACCUGAGCGAUGCCCAGGUGGUGUGCAAGCAGUUGGGAUGUGGCUCUGCUGUUGCUGCAACAUCAAGCGCCUCCUUUGGACAAGGCAGUGGCAGCAUCUACCUGGACGAUGUGAACUGCACAGGGUCAGAGUUGUCCCUUUUUCAGUGCGGCCACCGUGGCUGGGGAAUCAACAACUGUGGUCACCAUGAAGAUGCUGGUGUUGUGUGCUCAGAUUCCACAGAUGCCACACACAUACCCAGCCUCACUGACUCUGCUACUGCAGUUGCCACCAUCAGCCUGGUGAACGGCAGCAACCGCUGCGAGGGCCGUGUGGAGAUUUGGUACUCUGGGCACUGGGGCACCGUCUGUGAUGAUGGCUGGGACAUCAGCGAUGCCCAGGUGGUUUGCAGGCAGCUGGGAUGUGGCUCUGCUGUUGCUGCAACAUCAAGCGCCUCCUUUGGACAAGGCAGUGGCAGCAUCUACCUGGACGAUGUGAACUGCACAGGGUCAGAGGCGUCCCUUUUCCAGUGUAGCCACGAUGGCUGGGGCAUCCACAAGUGUUUCCACCAUGAAGAUGCUGGUGUUGUGUGCUCAGGUACCACUCCCACCAUCAGCCUGGUGAACGGCAGCAACCGCUGCGAGGGCCGUGUGGAGAUUUGGCACUCUGGGCGCUGGGGCACCGUCUGUGAUGACUACUGGGACCUGAGCGAUGCCCAGGUGGUGUGCAGGCAGCUGGGAUGUGGCUCUGCUGUUGCUGCAAAAUCAAACGCCUCCUUUGGACAAGGCAGUGGCAGCAUCUACCUGGAUGAUGUGACCUGCACAGGGUCAGAGUCGUCCCUCUUCCAGUGUGGCCACCGAGGAUGGGGCAGGCACAACUGUGGCCACGGUGAAGAUGCUGGUGUUGUGUGCUCAGGUACCACUCAUUUGACUGCCUUGGGCUACACCAUCAGCCUGGUGAACGGCAGGAACCGCUGCGAGGGACGCGUGGAGAUUUCACACUCUCGGGGCCGGGGCACCGUUUGUGAUGACAGCUGGGACCUGAGCGAUGCCCAGGUGGUGUGCAGGCAGCUGGGAUGUGGCUCUGCUGUUGCUGCAACAUCAAGCGCCUCCUUUGGACAAGGCAGCGGCAGCAUCUACCUGGACGAUGUGAACUGCACAGGGUCAGAGUCGUCCUUGUUCCAGUGUGGCCAUCGUGGAUGGGGCAGGCACAACUGUGGCCACGGUGAAGAUGCUGGCGUUGUGUGCUCAGAUGCCACCAUCAGCCUGGUGAACGGCAGUAACCGCUGCGAGGGCCGUGUGGAGAUUUGGCGCUCUGGGGGCUGGGGCACCGUCUGUGAUGACAACUGGGACCUGAGUGAUGCCCAGGUGGUGUGCAGGCAGUUGGGAUGUGGCUCUGCUGUUGCUGCAACAUCAAGCGCCUUCUUUGGACAAGGCAGUGGCAGCAUCUACCUGGAUGAUGUGAACUGCACAGGAUCAGAGUCAUCUUUGUUCCAGUGUGGCCACCGUGGAUGGGGCAGGCACAACUGUGGCCACGGUGAAGAUGCUGGUGUUGUGUGCUCAGCGUCCCCUUCUGAUGCCACAACAACAACCACAACUAAACCCAGCACCACCUUCCCUUCUGCUACCGUGGGUCUGAAUUUCUCCUUGGGUUACAACAUCAGCCUGGUGAACGGCAGGAACCGCUGCGAGGGGCGUGUGGAGAUUUCCCACUCUGGGGGCCGGGGCACCGUCUGUGAUGAUGGCUGGGACCUGAGAGAUGCCCAGGUGGUGUGCAGGCAGCUGGGAUGUGGUUCUGCUGUUGCUGCAACAUCAAGCGCCUCCUUUGGACAAGGCAGUGGCAGCAUCUACCUGGAUGAUGUGAACUGCACAGGGUCAGAGUCAUUCUUGUUCCAGUGUGGCCACCGUGGCUGGGGAAGCAGCAACUGUGGCCACGGUGAAGAUGCUGGUGUUGUGUGCUCAGAUUACACAGAUGCCACACACAUAUCCAGCCUCACUGACUCUGCUACUGCAGGGUACAGGCGAGCCCGGGUGCCCGCGGCACCCCGGCAUGCAUGCCCGGGCCGCGGGGAGGUGGCACUGAGCAGUGGCGGGCAUGCCCUGGCGCUGGGGAGGCAGUGCAGAGCGGCGUCAGGCAUGCCCUGGCCCUAUGGAGGCGGGGCAGGGCAGCGGCAGGCAUAG